GUAGCUGCAAUGUAUAUGUGAUUCUAUGAAGUGCCACCAUUGAAGCUUACUAGAAGAAGAAAAAAGAUGGUGAUACCUGAAACCCAUUUCCCCUUUCCCUUCUGUCUCUACAUUUAUCAUUUGACUGAGAGCAGGGAGAAAUUUGAAACCCUAUUUCUCUUCUUUCUCUUCGUUUAUCAUUUGCCUCAAAUUUGAAAGAGAGAGAGAGAGAGAGAUAAGGAGGUUGGGAGCUAUUUGGAAGCAAAAAUGUCGAAGAGAACAAGAAGCACUCGAGGUGCGGCGUCAAGGAAGAAGAGUGGACUUGAAGGUGGAGAAGCGGAGACCUUUGGAUUUGUUUUCGAGGAUAUUUUACCCGAACAACCUUCAUCAUCGCCGCCGUCACCUCCGGCAAAGGCAUCGUGGCUUGGACACUGUGCUGCACGCAGAUCAUUGCGUUCUACCACGAAGUGUGCCCAACGUAUUAUUCCAAGACCCAAACAGAUGAAUAAUGCUGCUGCUCCACACAAUCUUGAGCACCAAACAGAGCCUGCUGAUGAUGAUGCAACACAAGUAGUCCCUAAUGCAACAAGUAGUGCUGCUGCUGAUCAUUCAACGCGAUCUAGUAACUUUAACCUCACACAGAUCCUACAGCUUGUAGGCUCUAAUGAUGACGAGGAAGUUAGCUCAGCACCGGAUAAUUUUCUGGUAAAGGUUGAUGGGGGGUACAUGGUGAAGCCAGAAAACGCACCUCUUAUCAAGAAAAUCUUUGCCAGGUAUGGGGAUAUUGUGAAGGAAAGUGUCCUCCAAUCUGUUGAAUACCGUUCUUCUUUCCUGGAGAGCGUGUGCAGCGUAUACCAGAGAUUGGACAGCAUGGACAUACUGAGUAUCGCGGCUGGGGAGCUCAAAUCCAUGCUCAAUCUAGUCAGUGAUCUUGAGCUCGCAAGGGUGGAGAUUGGGUGGCUUCGUUGCAGGGUGGAACAGAUUUACGAAGCUAAGAAGUCCAUGAUGGAAGCUGGGAGGUUGAAGGCAACGAGGACGAAGGCUCUUGAAGAGAUGGAAGGGAAGAAGAAAGCAGUGGCGGACACCAAACAAGAGUUGGAAAAGCUACAGAAGAAACUCAAGAAACUUGAAGAUGAUGUUGGGAUUGCAGGGGUGGAGAUGGACAAAAUCAAUGAAAGGUAUUCAAAUAUGAACACCAAAGUGCAACGUUUCUACCACCAUCCUUUGGUCAGUGACCUUCUUUGAAAUGGUUGUCAAUCUCUUUGGUUAAUUCAGUAGUGAGUUAAUAACCAAAAUGGUCCCUCGACUAUCAUUCAGCAAUGAGAUACGAGGAAGCAAAAAGAGAACUCAUAUUGCUCAUAUGCUUUCUGUAAUUAUGUUGCAUGAGAUCGAAGCAUCUUGACAAUAACUGGAGAUCACACAAGUGUAGGUUCAAACCAAAGCUUUAAUGAUUCAAGCCUCACUAAGUUGACAGUAAGUUUACACUCAUAUACAAAGCAAAAUGACUUGCAGGGUUAAAUUAAACACAUCAUAUGUUUAGCAAACAAGACAAUGAGCAUAUGCAAUCAAUAGAAUGUCAGAGCUUUCAUAUGGAGAUCUGGACAUAAGAGCUUUCAAGAGCUUCAACACCUUCCGCUCUUUCGCACAGUUAGAUGAGAGAUGGAGAAAGCUAAUGAAAUUACAUUUUUUCCCCUAAUUUUAACCAUCAACUAGAGGACUAAAUUAGGCAAAGAUUACAUAAUUGAGGACCUAAUUGGGUAAGAAUGGUAAUUGAAGACUAAAUUGGUAAUUACAACAAAGUCGAGAGACCAUUUUGGUUAUUAACUCUUUAGUAGUGAAACUUCAACUUCUUAGCUUGUUGUAAUGCCUAUUUUUUGGGUAUACAGAUCAAGGUCUUAGAUUUGGCUUUUAAUGGUGAUUUUCAAAUGCCAUAAAAAUGUC